AUGGCGACUCAUGUAAGCCUCCACAUUGCUAUUUCCUUAUUCUAUAGAAGAUUGAGUUCUCUUAUCAUAAGUUCAUCACGUCUCAUAACCACUUACACCAAGGCUACAAAUUCAUUGGCAUGUGUUGAAAAAGUACAGCACUUCACAAACACUAUCGAGGAAGAAAACUACUCAUACCCAAAUCUGGCUUUCAAAGAAUUCCAGACCGAAGGAAGUAUAGUCUUUCACAAUGUGUCAAUGCGGUAUCGAAAAGAAAACGCUCUGGCUUUGGAUAGCAUCUCUUUUGGAAUCAAGCCAGGUCAAAAGUGUGCCAUCAUUGGUAAAACGGCAUCUGGAAAGAGUUCAAUAUUCAAUUGCUUAUUAAGAUUCCAAGAAAUUGAAAAAGAUCUACAAAAUUCUAGCGGUAUUUAUUUGGAUGGAAUAGACAUUCGAGAAAUUCCUCUUACUACCCUUCGAAAAUGUUUAUCAUACAUUCCUCAACAACCAACCCUCUUUCUUGGAACUUUAAGGGAAAAUCUUGAUUUCAAUUCUUCACUAAGUGAUUCUGAAAUUAUACAAGUAUUGGACAAAGUUGGUCUUACUGAAGUGUUACAUCACAAAAUAUUGAAUGAAUCUUCCAAGUUCGAUAAUAUUCUCGAUUACAAAAUACUCGAUGAUGCCAACAACUUUUCGCAAGGAGAAAAACAACUGAUAUGCCUGGCAAGAUGCAUCCUAAAAAAGAGCAAAAUAAUUCUAAUGGAUGAAGCCACAAGUAACAUUGAUAAUUACACAGAUGUUCAAAUCCAAAAGACUCUACGUGGACCAUUAUUUGAAAAUUGUACAAUCAUAACCAUUGCUCAUCGAAUUGCAACUGUGAAAGACUAUGACAAAAUGAUUCUAUUAUCCAACGGUCAAGUCUUAAUGGAUGACAUUCCAGAAGUUGUAUUAAGACAGUUUGAAACACAUGUCAUGGAGAGAAAUAAACAUUUCAAUGAGACAUUAAGACCCUUAUAUUUCCGUCAAUAA